AUGAGGAAAAACAGGAAACAGAGCAUUGUGAAAGAUGGGUACGAACCCUCUGCAGACGAAGACGAAGAUAGUUAUGAGAAAUCGGACACCGAAAGAGCGGUUCCGGUGGAGAUUUUUCGUCGGAGAAACAGGGGAAAACGCCGAUUGAAGAAAAAUGGUUGUAACUCACAGGAUCCGUUGGUUGUAUGUGGUGGCGAUAUCAUGUUGAUGAUAUUGAGCUUUCUUGACGCACACAGUGUGGCUUCAUCACUUGUUGUUUCUCGUAGAUGGCGUAGAGUUGCUUCCAGUGAUACCAUUUGGUCUGAAAAGGUCGACACACUUGCUCCAACUUACUUCUGCUUUCUUCUUUUUUGUUUCUUAAAAUACUGA